AAUGGGGGCAGGGGCAGCCAUAACCCUCCUCGGCUCCUCCCCGACUCCACUCUCCAGAAGCUUCAAUCCAACUCCGUUCAUCCGAGCCAGGGCAGAUCCAGUGGCUAGCGGUUGCUCCGUCAACAAGCGAUGGAGGCCGUGGAGCGGGUGUGGGAUUCGGGGCGGCGGGCCAGCCAGAGUCUGAGCCACAACAUUAGCCGAGGGAUGAACAUGGGCGGCUGGGGAGUGGAGGACGUGUUCUCGCGCAACAGCAGCACUCGGAGGCGGUCCGGUAGCAGCCGCGACGACGACGAGGAGGCCCUGCGCUGGGCCGCCCUCGAGAGGCUGCCCACCUACGACCGCCUCCGCACCGCGAUCCUCCGGUCGGCCGCCGAUCCGGGCGGCGGACCGGGCGAGGCGCGGCGCCAGUACCGCCACAAGGAGGUCGACGUGCGCAAGCUCGGCCCCGCCGAGCGCCAGGAGUUCAUCGAUCGCGUCUUCAAGGUCGCCGAGGAGGGCAACGAGCGAUUCCUCAAGAAGCUUCGAGACCGGAUCGACAAGGUCGGCAUCCGGUUACCAACAAUAGAAGUGAGAUUUGAGCAUCUAAACGUGGAGGCCAAGUGCCAUGCCGGAGACAGAGCUCUUCCGACGCUCACCAAUACAGUAAGAGACAUCGCGGAGUCCGCCCUCGCCCUCUUGGGCAUCCGCCUCACUAAGAGAACCACUCUCACUAUCUUGAAGGAUGUUUCGGGAAUCAUACAACCCUCAAGGAUGACACUCUUGUUAGGCCCUCCAUCAUCUGGGAAGACCACCCUCUUGUUGGCCUUAGCUGGGAAGCUCGACCCAACUCUAAAGGUUAGUGGAGAGAUAACAUACAACGGGCACAGAUUGGACGAGUUUGUGCCACAGAAAACUGCAGCAUACAUUAGCCAGAACGAUGUCCAUUUAGGAGAAAUGACUGUGAAAGAGACACUUGAUUUCUCAGCAAGGUGCCAAGGAGUAGGAGUAAGAUACGAUCUUCUCUCGGAGCUGGCGAAGAGGGAGAAAGAAGCAGGAAUAUUUCCGGAAGCCGAAGUGGAUCUCUUCAUGAAGGCCACAGCAAUUGAAGGAGUCGAGAGCAGUCUUCAGACGGACUACACACUCAGGAUACUGGGGUUGGACAUUUGCGCUGAUACUAUCGUGGGAGACGAGAUGCAAAGGGGCAUUUCUGGAGGUCAAAAGAAGCGUGUCACAACAGGCGAGAUGAUGGUGGGGCCGACCAAAGUGCUAUUCAUGGACGAGAUCUCGACGGGGCUGGACAGCUCCACGACCUACCAGAUCGUGAAAUGCCUGCAGCAGAUCGUCCACCUCGGCGAGGCCACCAUCCUCAUGUCCCUCCUCCAGCCCGCCCCCGAGACCUUCGACCUCUUCGACGACAUCCUCCUCCUCUCCGAGGGUCAGAUCGUCUACCAGGGCCCCCGCGACCACGUCCUCGACUUCUUCCAAUCCUGCGGCUUCCGCUGCCCUACCCGCAAGGGCACCGCCGACUUCCUGCAAGAGGUGACCUCGAGGAAGGAUCAGGAGCAGUACUGGGCGGACAAGCAGCGGCCAUACCGCUACAUUUCGGUCUCCGAAUUCGCCCAGCGAUUCCGGAGAUUCCACGUCGGUCUUCGCUUGGAGAACGAGCUCUCCGUCCCAUUCGACAAGGCCCGCAGCCACAAGGCGGCUCUCGUCUUCUCUAAGAAGGUCGUCUCCUAUUCGGAGCUGCUCAAGGCUUCCUUCGGAAAGGAGUGGCUCCUCAUCAAGCGAAACUCCUUUGUCUACAUCUCCAAGACCGUUAUGAUCGUCAUAAUAGGGCUCAUAGCCUCGACCGUGUGGCUGAGGUCACGCAUGCACUCGAGGAACGAAGACGAUGGGGUCAUUUACAUAGGGGCUCUUUUGUUUGGCUUGAUGGUCAAUGUCUUCAAUGGUCUCGCGGAGUUGUCAAUUGCCAUCGACCGUCUGCCAGUAUUCUAUAAGCACCGGGACCUCCUCUUCUACCCAGCAUGGGUCUUCACCUUGCCCAAUUUUCUUCUUCGGAUACCUAUCUCAAUCUUGGAGACCAUUGUUUGGACUGUUAUGACCUACUAUACCAUAGGAUAUGCGCCAGAAGCAAGCAGAUUUUUCAAGCAGCUGCUGCUAAUAUUCUUGAUUCAGCAGAUGGCAGCAGGGAUGUUCAGAAGCAUUGCUGGUCUUUGUAGGUCCAUGAUCAUAGCCAACACUGGUGGGGCACUAUCUGUUCUCGCCAUGUUUGUUCUUGGAGGCUUCAUUAUACCUAAAGAAAUGAUUCCGAAUUGGUGGAUAUGGGGAUAUUGGGUUUCACCACUUACUUAUGGUUAUAAUGCUCUAGCCGUGAAUGAGUUUUUGGCUCCAAGGUGGAUGACUCAAAUGGCUCCAAAUAAUAGACCACUUGGAACGGCAAUCCUUCAAAAUGCCAAUGUAUUUGCAGAGGGAAGGUGGUACUGGAUUGGAGCCGCUGUACUUUUUGGGUUUAGCAUCAUCUUCAAUGUCCUAUUCACAGUGUGCCUGAUGUUUUUGAACCCUAUUGGAAAACGACAAGCUGUUAUAUCUGAAGAAACGGCAAGGGAGAUGGAAGAAGUCCAAGAGGAAGGAAAGGAUUUACAAAGACUUAGAAGGACAAAUUCUAAGAGUGAGUCUAUAUCUCAUGCUUUGUCAAAAAAGGAUGGAAACAACACCAGUGAAAUUAUGAUGAUUCGAAUGAGUCCUAAUCUCUCAAAUGGACUUAAUCAUGAAAUGUCCAUCAAUGCAGCCACAGGUGUUGCUCCUAAGAGAGGAAUGAUUCUUCCUUUUACACCUCUUUCCAUGUCCUUUGAUGAAAUCAAUUACUUUGUCGAUAUGCCUCCAGAAAUGAAGGAGCAAGGAGUCACAGAAGAUAGGCUCCAAUUGCUAAGGAAUGUUACAGGGGCUUUUAGACCAGGAGUCUUAACAGCCCUUAUGGGAGUUAGUGGUGCUGGUAAAACCACCCUGAUGGAUGUUUUGGCUGGAAGAAAGACUGGUGGCUACAUUGAGGGUGACAUCAGAAUCUCAGGGUACCCUAAGAAACAAGAGACUUUUGCAAGAAUUUCUGGGUAUUGUGAGCAAAAUGAUAUCCACUCACCUCAGGUGACAGUCCGAGAAUCUUUGAUAUUUUCUGCUUUUCUCCGCCUUCCACAUGAAGUCAGUGAUGAAGAAAAAAUGAAAUUUGUUGAUGAAGUGAUGGACCUAGUGGAGCUUGACAACCUGAAAGAUGCCUUAGUGGGUCUUCCAGGAGUAACUGGGUUGUCCACUGAACAAAGGAAGAGACUGACAAUAGCAGUAGAGCUUGUUGCUAAUCCUUCUAUCAUCUUCAUGGAUGAACCGACAUCUGGUCUUGAUGCAAGAGCAGCAGCUAUUGUCAUGAGAACUGUGAGGAACACAGUCGAUACUGGAAGAACUGUUGUUUGCACAAUCCACCAACCAAGCAUAGAUAUAUUUGAGGCCUUUGAUGAGCUUCUGCUAAUGAAAAGAGGUGGUCAAGUGAUAUACUCUGGACCCCUGGGAAGAAAUUCUCACAAGAUAAUCGAAUACUUUGAGGCAAUUCCUGGAGUUCCAAAAAUCAAGGACAAAUAUAAUCCUGCAACAUGGAUGUUAGAGGUCAGCUCAGUUGCUGCUGAAGUACGUUUGGGAAUGGACACUGCUCAGUAUUAUAAAUCAUCAAAUCUGUUCCAGUGCAACAAAGCAUUGGUGAAUGAGCUCAGUAAACCGGCUGCAGAAACAAGUGAUCUGUACUUCCGUACACAGUGUUCACAGUCAUCGUGGGGACAGUUCAAAGCUUGCCUCUGGAAGCAGUGGUGGACUUACUGGAGAAGCCCUGAUUACAACCUUGUCAGAUAUUUCUACACCUUGGUCACUGCUCUACUGUUAGGCUCCAUAUGUUGGAGGAUUGGUCAUAAGGGGGAUAAUUCAAACAGUCUUAGAAUUGUCAUUGGAGCUAUGUAUGUAGCAGUUAUGUUCGUUGGUGUCACUAACUGUGCCACUGUGCAACCACUUGUUGCAAUCGAGAGGACUGUCUUUUAUAGGGAAAGAGCAGCUGGAAUGUAUUCAGCCUUACCAUAUGCCCUUGCUCAGGUGCUUGUGGAAAUACCAUAUGUGCUAGUUCAAACCAUGUACUUUUCUCUUAUUAUAUACUCCAUGAUGAGCUUCCAAUGGACAGCAGCAAAAUUCCUUUGGUUCUACUUCAUCUCCUUCUUCUCUUUCCUGUACUUCACUUACUAUGGAAUGAUGACUGUCUCACUCUCACCAAAUCAUCAAGUUGCUGCAAUCCUAGCAUCCACAUUCUACUCGGUCUUCAAUCUCUUCUCUGGCUUUUUCAUUCCUAAACCAAGAAUUCCCAAGUGGUGGCUGUGGUACUACUGGAUUUGCCCACUUCAAUGGACAGUUUAUGGACUCAUAGCAACCCAAUAUGGUGACCUGGAAACUAGUAUCACAGUGACUGGAUCUGUAGGGCAACCGAAGCAAAGGAUUAAAGACUAUAUCAAGGACUACUAUGGAUACAAUACUGGCUUCAUGCCUGUAGUUGCCAUUGUGCUAGUUGCCUUUGCCAUCUUCUUUGCUUUCAUGUUUGCAUUCUGUAUCAAGAAGUUGAACUUCCAGAACAGGUAGGAGAAGUGAAUAGGAAGUAGAAGACCAAAAAAAGGAGUGAAGUAUUGGAUGGUGAGUAAAGGGUUCAUUUUGCAUUUUUUUUUUAAAAGGUCAGGAACCAAAGAUCUCAGGAUUCUGUAGGUGUUUUUUUUUAAAUUUUUUUUUAUAUAUAGUUUUGCAAUUGCUGUAGAUAUACUCAGUGCAACUAUAAGGCAUCCAAGUAAUUAAAGCUUACUUGUCAAUGCUCUGAAUAGUCUUGUUUCCUUUUGCACAAGGCAAGUGAGUGUGCAUUAAUCAUAGAGAGAAAUUUCUAGCAUCAA